AUGACCGAAGUCAAAAUAGACCAAGCUAUCUUCUCCCAAUCCUCAGGUAAAACGGUCCUGAUAACAGGUGCUGCGCGCGGCAUCGGAGCCGCAACCGCCAUCCUAUUCAACUCUCACGGUGCCAAUGUCGUCCUCGCCGACCUUCCUCAAUUACGAGACAGCGCCGAAGAAGUCAUUCAGAAACAGAUGAAAUUCUCAAACCGCGCGAUAUUCGUCCCUACCAAUAUCGUCAACUGGGCAGAGCUAACAGCAUGUUUCGAAACGGCAAUCACCACCUUUGGUAGGAUCGACAUUGUCGUAGCUAACGCAGGUAUCAUGGAGUCCGAGUCCGUCCUGGACAUGGAUAAUGUGGAUGAGAAUGGACAUCUUCUGGAGAGUUUGGAGGCGGGACGGGUCAUUGAUGUCAAUCUGAAAGGAACAUUGAACACAUCGACCACUCCAGGCCCCCAACUGACAAAGUCAAUCUUGCUAGUUGCAUCCACAUCCAGUUAUUUUGGUGGAACGGGUGUAGCCGCCUAUAUCGCAUCGAAGCACGGUGUGCUAGGUCUUCUGCGUGCUUGUCAGAGUGUUGCGCACGGAUACGGUGUCCGGGUCAAUGCUGUCGCACCGUUUUUGACACCAACUCACAUCACUGCGGGCUUUGUGGAUAGAUGGUCUGAGGCGGGUCUUGAAAAGAAUACUCCGGAUGGAGUGGCAGACGCUAUUGCCUUUGUGUCUUUGGAUGAAAAGCGGCAUGGGGAGAGUGUUUUGGUUGCUGGUAAGUAUCUCCGAGAGCUUGAGGAGCCUAGGGCUGGGCUUUUGCCUUUGUGGUUGGGGGAAGAUCUUACGGAUUUUAUGAGUCGGGCGAUGCAGUUCUUUGUUAGUAUCGGGGGAUAUGUCUUGCCGAAGAAGUAUUAG